AUGCAUUUAUUCAUCUUUUAUGAAGUUUUUAUUUUUUCCAUAUUUUUCCAAUGUAUAUAUAACUACAAGCUUACACAAAAUAAUCCUUUCUCUGAAAGAAACCCCUUUGAUAAGUAUGGAAGAGAUAUAGGUCUACUCCAUGAGGUGCACAAUGCAAAAAAGAUAAGAAGCAAAAGAAAUUUUCAAUUCAGCAUGGUGAAGAAAUUUACACACGCAAGGGAUCCGAAUGAUCCCCAGGAGUACCUAAAGGAUAUUCCAUACAAGGAUGAGCUAGACCGAAUACAAAUACGAGGGAAAAAAAUUGAAAUGAAAUCCAUAUUUUCACCAAAUGGAAAAUUAAUUCCAGCCACUCUAAUUGAAAUAAUGCCAAAUGUGAUAUACCGAUUUCUGGAUUUUGGAAAAGUGGGUAUAGCUUAUGGAAAACCACUCGAAGAAAGUAGAUGGAUAUUGAAACCAGAAGUAGGUCAGAUUGCAAAGAUUGGUUGUAAUUAUAAAAAUACCUGCAGCUUAACGUUAACCCCUCCACAAAAUUUUGUUCUAGGCCAAAUUAUAGAUGUGUCUUAUUUGUACAAUUAUAAAUAUGUAAAUGUUAGGGGGUUGUCAAAAGGGAAAGGAUUUUGUGGGGUCAUUAAAAGAUGGGGAUUUCAUCGAGGUCCCAUGACACAUGGAAGUUCACAUCACCGUAAACCGGGGUCUAUCGGAGCUUCUACACAUAUCGGACGAGUUCUGAAGGGCAAGAAAAUGCCUGGAAAGCAUGGAAAUAAAUUUAGGACUAUGAUAAAUUUAAAAUUAUUAGGUUUAAAUUUGGAGAGAAAUGAAAUAUUAGUAAGUGGCUGUAUUCCAGGGAACAGAAAUUCUUAUGUAACUGUUACAGCAACAAGAGAAAAUAAAGUUGACAAAUAUAAAUACAUACUUGAUAUGUUAUAUGAACAGGAAAAAAAUAUCAAAUAA